GGCCAUCAACUGCCAGAGCGGGCACUUCCUAUGUGUGGAGACGUCAGCAGUGACAUGGGUGACAUUGCAAAGAUAGUAAGCCAAGGUGUGAAGUGCUUAGCCAUACAGCUUUCCCUGCCCUAGCUCGCAGUUGGUAGAAGUCUAAAUACCCAGACCCCAACUAAAUAAAGCGUUUGAAGUGUCUGUGACCUCACAAGUUCUUCAAGUGAACAGUACAGUUUUUAACCAACCUUACGCAUUUGACACAAAUGUUUUUAUUUCCUUCUAUUUGGUUGUUGUAGAGUCUGUAUAACUCACUUCACCUAGCUGUUUGUUCUGCAGCUUCUGACAUAGAUUUGACCACGAAAAGCUUUUGGCUGUGUCAGUUCUUACCCCUCUACCUCUCCGUUCUCUCAGUGUUAGAAAAAAGCAGGAAAGUGUGGAAGAAGAAUCCAGGUCUUCACGUGAGGUCAUGAAUAGACAGUACUGUAUUGGAGGGAGGAAUCACACACUCUGCAGCGUCAGUGUCUUCCAGAGCAAUGGAGAAGAGAUCCCAUGCUACUGGACAAAACUGCAAGCAAUGCAAGAGAUUUUCUUUAAAGGAUAAAGGAUGGAUUCUGCUCCCACGUGUUUCUGUUCUGAGGCCGAGUUCUGCUCGGACUGUGGCUCGGUGCUGCCCCCUCCAGGCAUUCAGGAUACAGUCACCUGCCGGUCGUGCGGUCAUCACACACAAGUGACAGAAUUCCUGGGGAAGUUUGUGCAGCGGUCGGUGCUGUUUAAUAAGCUUGACACCCUAGCACUGUUAAAUGAGACGGAGGAAGCGGGAGCUUUAAAGGGUCCUCUGAUCGAUAGGCGCUGCAGCCGCUGUGGCUAUGAGAAGAUGGUGUAUCACACAAGGCAGAUGCGCUCAGCAGAUGAGGGACAGACAGUUUUUUAUACAUGUGUGCAAUGUCGUUUUCAGGAGAAAGAAGAUUCUUGAUACAGCAACUUCAGUAUUAUUAUUUAUGUCAAAUAACCAAGUUCCAUUUUUAAGUUGUUUUGCAAUAAUAAAGCAUUAUUUUUCUUUAUACUUUUUCUGUUGUUACUAUUACUGGCUGUAUACAUCAGUGUUUUGCUAUAUGUAUGUAUAAAUGUCGGCUUGUCUGGGUAAUUGUUGUGGUGAACCUUAAAUGGUCGCCAUAGCCUAUGUGGUUCCUAACAUUUUUGUAUAUCCCUUAAUUUAUCAAAAUGACUUCUUCCCCCAGAAAGACAAGUCUAAAGUCUUUGCCACUAGGUGACUCCCUUCCCUGCAAUUUGCUGUGCACUGCCUGAUGGGAAAUCUGUCUCUAGUAACUGAGACGCCAAGACAGAACAUGGGAAGUGAUGGUGGGGCAUAGUGCAGGGCAGAGAGGGGGAGAUAUACUGAAACCUGUGCAGAGGAAAAGUUGACCAGUUUCCCCAUAGCUACCAAUUCAUUAUUUAAAAGGCCUCUGAAAAUGUGAGAAACUGGUUGCUAUGGGCAACUGGUCAACUUUCAUCUGCGCAGGUUUUGAUAAAUCUUCCCCGGAGUGUCCGCAGAGGAUCUGCGCUGUCCAUGCAAUUACUAACAAAUUUGUAAAUGACUUCUAUUUAAAAAUACUUAUCAGCUGCUGUAUACUACAGUGGAAGUUUGUUUAGUUCUUUUCAGUCUGACAACACUGCUCUCUGCUGACACCUCUGUCCAUGUCAGGAACUGUCUGGAGCAGGAGAGGUUUGCUAUGGGGAUUUGCUCCUACUCUGGACAGUUCCUGAUGCAGACAGAGGUGUCAACAGAGAGCACUGUGGACAGACUGGAAAGAACAAUACAACUUUCUCUGUAGUAUACAGCAGCUGAUAAGUAUUGGAAGGAUUAAGAUUUUGUAAUAGAAGUAAUUUACAAAUAUGUUUAACUUUCUGCCACCAGUUGAUUUAAAAGAAAAAAGGUUUUCACCGGAGUACCCCUUUAAAGUCCUAACUGCCGCACGAGGAUGCCUUGGAACAUCAGUGCCAGCGCUACCUCAGCUGCCCGACUUCCGUCACCUUGAGAUGGACGGCGAUCCAUGCCAACGAGCAGCCAAGAGAGCAGGCACUUUCUCGCUGCACUUACAGACAGCAUAACCUAGCGAUACUUACUGCUAGCAACAAUCCCCAAUAUCGCUGAUUCACAGCAACAGUCUCCGCUGACCUUCUGAAACCACAGGAAUUAUGCUUCCAUAGGCCGGGAGCCACCCGUGCCAACCUGUGGGAACACUAGUUUUUGUCCCAGCGCUAUUUCUUCCACUAAGACUCAUUCUUUGGUUCUAUAACUUGGUAACAGUCUUGGAUUGUAUAUAUCUGAGACCUUCACUAUGCAGUCUUAUCAGAUACACCGCCUGUAUUCAUUCUUAUGCAAUUCCAACUGAGACGAACUUACUCAUAACCCAGCAAGGUGGCAUUCUAUACUGUUCAAUUAAUAUAUAUGUAUCUCUUGUUACUUUAACCGUGACCAAUUUUAUCGUUUUAUUGUCAUUAUAUGCAUAAUUAAUCUGUACAAAGGGCCCUGCUCAGAU